GCUCUAUGAGCGGCACGGAGAGCCCUCGGCCGUCGUGCAACUAAAGGACAUCGAGGUGGCUGAGCUGGGGGACUCCGAUGUCCACGUCAAGAUGUUGGCAGCCCCCAUCAAUCCCGCUGACAUCAAUAUGAUCCAAGGGACCUACGCCAUCCUGUCCCCGCUGCCGGCCGUGGGAGGGAACGAAGGCGUCGGGGAAGUGGUGGAGGUCGGGCGACGCGUGGCGGCUCUGAAACCCGGCGACUGGGUCGUCCCGGCCGGUGCCGGACUCGGGACGUGGCGGACGCAGGGGGUGUUCCCCGAGGAGACGCUAAUGAAGGUGCCCAGCGACAUCCCGGUGCUGUGCGCCGCCACCCUGAGCGUCAACCCCUGCACGGCGUACCGCAUGCUGGCCGACUUCGAGACCCUGGCGCCAGGUGACUCCGUCAUCCAGAACGCCGCCAACAGCGGCGUGGGCCAGGCUGUUAUCCAGAUCGCCAAAGCCUCCGGCGUCAAGACCAUCAACGUGGUGAGGGAGAGACCCGAUCUCCCAAAGCUGGUGGAGAGGCUGAAGGCCCUGGGCGCAGACCACGUCGUCACGGAGGAGAUGCUGAGGAAGCCGGAGAUGAAAGAUGUAUUUAAGAGCAUCCCGAAGCCCCGGCUCGCCCUGAACUGUGUUGGAGGCAAAAGCACUACGGAGAUGCUGCGGCACCUGCAACCCAAAGGGACCAUGGUCACCUACGGGGGGAUGGCAAAGCAGCCCGUGAUGGUGCCUGUGAGCGCGUUCAUCUUCCGGGACGUGCGGCUCCGCGGCUUCUGGAUGACCCAGUGGAGGAAGGACCACGCACAAGACCAGGAGAGCCUGGCCGGCAUGAUGGACGCCUUGUGCCAGCUCAUCCGCAGCGGGCAGCUCACCGCGCCGGCCUGCACCGAGGUCCCGCUCCAGGACUACAAGGCAGCGCUGGAGGCAGCCAUGAAGCCUUUCACGUCCUCGAAGCAGAUCCUCCUCUUCUGACCUGCAGCUCCUGGGUGGCAGCGGGCUGAUCCCAGUGCUGCUCCACUGCAGCCAAACUUUCCCUUGCUGCCUUGUCUGCAGACGAGAUGCUUAGGGGGGAAAAACCCCUCCAGAUCCAUUGAUUUUCCCUUUUUUUUUUUUUUUCCCCUAAACUUUCAGAUGCCCACUUAAAGAUUGAAGAGCCUCUGCAGCUUUGCAUGGACGGCAGCGUGCGUAAUUGCCUCUGGAGGGAGGCUGCAGUCUCGCUUUAGCUGGGGAGAGUUUGGGUGCAAGAGAAAGCUCAGGGACCCGGGGACGGCGGCUCGCUCGGCUCAGGGUGUCAAAAAACCCACAGUUCCCUCUCGCACCUCUUUUUGGGGCUGGGGGGGCUGCGCCGCCGCCUCCUGCUUGGCUUAGCAGCUGGCAAUGUUGUUCUGCUAGUUGCACUGUCCUUCCAGGUGAUUUUUGGCUGCUUUUGGGUGACUUUGCAGGGUAGCGCGGGGCUGGUCGCUGCCCUUCUCCCAGCCGGCACGGCUGCCACUGCAGCCCCCGAGCCACCUCCAUGUUCCCCCCUCCAGGUUCAGCAGCCAAGUGCCCCCAGGCUGGGGGCACUCCCCACAUUGAACU